AUGAUCUAUCUAUCUAUCGAGCUAUUUCUCAAUAUUUAUUUCUCUCUCUCUCUCCUAUCUAUCUAUCUAUCUAUCUAUCUAUCUAUCUAUCUAUCUAUCUAUCUAUCUAUCUAUCUCUUUAAACGCAAGCUUAACUUCUGCAUUUUCAAACCUUCUUUCCUCAAAGACUCGCCCUUUCUACCCCGCAUGCAUUCUUUGCUUUCUUCACCAGUGUCUGAGUUUUCUUUCUUAAAUAUCGGGUGUAAAUACUUGUUCAACCCAUUUUCAAAAAAUAGUUUUUAUAGGUUAUUCUUUUUAUUUAUUUUUGCUCUUGGCUCAUCAUGUAUUUCUUCCUUCUUUCCUUUCUUUAUCCUCUUUUUAUUUUUUCCCCUCUCUCUCUUAUUCUAUCUUAUUUUGUUUUUAAACAUUUUUUACCUCUUUUCUUUUCCAUUAUUAAUAUUAUAUUGUUCUUUUUUUUCUUUUUCUUCUUCUUCUUUCUCUAUCUUUUUCCCGCUUUUCUUCCGUAUAUCUGUCUGGAUGCAUUGGUUCCAUUUUUAA